AUGCCUCUCACUGGUCACUGUCUCUGCAAGGCCGUCACUUACAAAGCUGACGUAGACGCACCCCUCCUCACUGGCUACGACCACUGCGACGACUGCCAGCGUCAGCACAGGCUAACAAUACCAGCUCUCGUCGCUGUCGUUCCAAAGGACAAACUCACAAUCAAUGGUCCUAUAAAGAAGUGGGAGGGCAAGGGAUCUUCGGGCAAAUCUGUCUGGCGCCUCUUUUGCUCCGAGUGUGGCUCGCCCAUCGCUCACGACCCUGACGCUGCUCCCGAGAUUAUCGCCCUCAAGGCUGGCACUUUGGACACGGAGAUCAAGAAAAACCUCAAGCCUGAUACCGAAAUUUGGACCGUUGGCAAACUCCCCUUCUGCCAGGAACAUCUUGCAAAACCCUUCACCCAUAUGCCCGAGUAA